UCUCCGCGGUAGUUCGUGAGUUUCUGUUGGUGAUUAUUACUUUGUCUUUUUCAUUCCAGUGUGCAGAAACUCCUUGCUUACUUUCGCUUUAUAAUUAUCUGAUAUCUGUGUGAUGAAUUAAGAAAUAGCUGGAAUACAUUUUGAAGAAAUUUGGUUUCAGUCUUCCUCUUAUAGUGCCUUCAACGAAAAUGCUUUGGUGGUGUAAUACGUGAUAUGUUUAGAAUUUUUGUUUAAUUUGUUUGCUAUAGUGUGUAGUAUUGUUUAAGAAACCACGCUCAGUUUGUUUAAUGUCAUUAAAUAAGCAGCAUUUCAUACGUCCAGGAAAAGUGUGCUGUGUGCAGUAAGUGUUAAACAUUUGUCUGUAACAUAACAGAGAUUUAAUUUUAAAUAAUAUCGGGUUAAUGCAGUUAAGAAAAGAUAUUUGCUCCAACUCCUUUGUUUAGAAAGGAAUGAAACACUGAUUCUUAAUUCAGAAAGUAUCUAAGAUAACUGAGCUGUUGUGCGUUCUAAAGCGAACUAUUAUUCAGCAUUUGGAUCACACUUCAUCGAAUUUAUACAACAAACUGAAUUCAUUUGACUUUCUUGAUACCUUUACAUCGUUAUACUUUAAAUCAGCUGAUAAAUAAUAUUUUCAUUCAUCAGAGCACAGCGAUAGUUCCAAGAAUGAAUCAUUCAUCGAUCUUUCAUUCAGAACCUCUUUCGCGCCAAGAGCUGAUGCUUAGUGUAAUGGAUUACAUCGUGAUAGGGGCUAUGCUUCUUUUCUCCUCCGGAAUUGGCGUUUAUUUUCGAUUUUCUGGCGGGAAACAGCGCACAACACAUGAAUUUCUGUUGGCUGGAAGAAAUAUGUCUGUGCUGCCGGUAGCAUUUUCGGUGAUGGCUAGUGGAAAAUCGGCCAUCACAUACUUAGGUGUACCAGCAGAUAUGUACGUUUACGGAACGUAUUUUGUUUUUACAAACUUGGGAACCACAGCUGGAGCAUUAGUAGCAGGAUUCCUUUUCAUACCAGUAUAUUUUCGAACAGGUGCAAGCACUACAUAUGAGUACCUUGAAAAGCGUUUCGGAAGGACUCUUCGGAUUAUGUGCUCUUUGAGUUUUUCUAUUCAAUCAGUUUUAUACCUAGCGGUAAUUUUGUACGCCCCAGCAUUAGCCUUAAGUGCUGUGACAAAUCUCUCCAUUUGGACAUCAGUUAUUUCCGUUGGCGUCGUCUGUACAUUUUACUGCACGCUGGGCGGCAUGAAAGCUGUGCUUUGGACCGAUGUUCUGCAAGCCUUGCUCAUGUAUGGUGGGUUGAUUGCGAUGGUUGCGAAAGGUAGCUAUGAUGUUGGAGGCUUAGAGACCGUCUGGAAUCGUUCACAAGAAGGUGGAAGACUUAUAAUUCCUGAAUUCAAAAUGGAUUUUACUUCUCGUUAUACGUUCAUCAACAUAUUCUUGUACGGAUUCUUCACCACGUUAUCCGCAUACGGAGCCAGUCAAUUGCAGGUACAAAGACUCUUAACUGUGAGUUCUGCAAAGAAAGCUAGAUGUGCUCUGUUUUCAAGCUUGCCCAUUACCUUUGUUUUUUUCGUGGUAAACUGUUUAGCAGGAUUGGUUGUUUACGCCAAUUUCUAUAACUGUGAUCCUUUGACAUCCGGCGAAAAUAUCAUUACGAAACCUGAUCAGCUCCUUCCCUAUUUUUCGUUGACUUCACUUGGUCGCUAUCCGGGAUUGCCUGGCCUGUGCAUUUGUGGGAUGUUGAGUGCAGCUCUCAGUACCAUGUCUUCGAUGGUUAAUUCUCUGACAACUGUCACCGUGGAAGACUUCAUUAGGCCUACAUGUGCUUCAAGAGGAAUGACUGACAAGAAGGCCACCCUUAUCGCUAAAGUCAUAACUGUGCUUUAUGGUGCCAUUGGUUUGCUCCUGACUUACAUAGUGGCGAAGUUCGGAAAUGUGUUGCAGGCAUCUACCAUCCUGUAUGGUCUGGUAGCAGGUCCAACUCUAGGCGUUUUUCUAUUAGGAGUCCUCACUUCAAGAACAAAUGAGAAGGGUGCCAUCAUCGGAUUAUUACUUUCUGUAUCAUUUACUGCCUGGAUAAGCUUUGGGAGUGCAUCCACGAAUACUGCUCAUCCUCGUUUACCAGUGUCCGUUUCAGGAUGUACAGCAACAGGACUGAAUUUAACGACGCCCUUUGGUUCCUCUACUACAAUCUCUACAAUUACCUCAAAUUUUAACGAUAGUAGUGCUUGGACUACACCACCAUCUGGUACGGAGGAUAUUCCAGAAAGGUAUAUUUUCCCACUAUAUAAGAUUUCAUAUAUGUGGUUCACUUCUAUCGGGGUUGUGACCACAGUCGUGGUCGGCUACUUGAGCAGUUUCUUAUUUGGAAAAUCACCGCAGCCAGACUUUUCUUUAUUGAGUCCGACAAUGAGAAAGUUAAAUUGUCGAAAGCCUGAGAAGUCUUCCAAUGUUGAAUUAACUUCUUCAAAGCCACUAUCCAAGGGAAAUCCAACGUAUGAAAAGUGAAGAAUCAUUCACGUUUUCUUGAGACAACAGAAAUCAAGUAGCAACGAAUUUUCAUAGAAGCAAGCUGUAAAGUUUUGCAAUGUUAUGAACACAGAAAUACUUUAAAACACUAUUUAUAUGUAAAUAGUUAAAUAACGCGCGAAUCGAUCAAUUUCAAAUAGAAAAAUUUCCGUUCAUAUUUACUUAGCCUUUUUUAGGGAAGAGUGGUACAUUUUUGUACUUCGAUCAGCCAGAAAUUUAAUGUUAUUUGAAAAUUUGAUCUUCAUUGGAAAGUCUCUAUCCUAAUAAAAUUAUGUUAUGACAUCUAAUUCUCAACAGUAUGUAAUGUCUCAAAUAAAAGUAUACCCAAACCAAACCGAAACGCAUGCUAAUUUGAUUUGUUUGUUAUUGUUUGGUCAUACUGAUUUUGAAAUACCCUUUUGCUAAUUCUAAAGUAGCAAUGCUGUAAGAAAUCUUGUUAAUGAAUGUGCCUUCUUUUAAUAUACGUGACAGCAAGUUACUAUAGAAGAUGUAUAAUACAUGCAGAUACACAAGCAAAGAGUUUUUGCCGCAAAGGCACAUGCAAAGUAUACUCUUUUGUUAUUUUCCAAGACAAAUUUCAAGCUAAAUUUCGCGUUAGGCUAUCAAAGCCACUAUACUCAAUAAAAAGUGGCAUCAGACACUUCUGAAAAGAACGUAACCUAUCCCUGCAGACGGUAGAAUGUUAGUUGCAAUUCCUCUUGUAGUAAGAUGCGCUCACACGUGCAACUAUGCAGUGUGUUAAUACGUCCAUGUCAUUAGUUAGUGUGUUAAUACGUCCAUAUGCAGUGUGUUAAUACGUCCAUGUCAAAAUUGGUUAAUAAAACCAAUUUUGUACUGAAUAUCAGUCUGAAUUUACUUUUAUUUGGGACAGAUUUUAUAUUUCUGCCUUUUGCUGAAACCUCGAAUGUUCAAAAUAUUUGUGCAAGUACCUGAACAGAAGAAAUAUUUCUGUAUUCAGAUUUAAUCUUGUAUAUAGUCCUCUACUAAUUCAAAGAAGUUUAAAUAAUUUUAACUUCACAUUGCAGUUUUAAAUUACUCAAUUAAUUGAAAACGUAUCUCUGUAUUUUCAUAUGACUUCUUAAUUUUAUCUCUAAUAAACAAUACUUUAAAUUUUUAUUGCAACUUACAUGCAUACAGUAGUGAGUAUUCAGAAUUCGUUCUCAGAAAAAACUAUAAAAUUUAUACAUAUUACUUUUCAAAAUUUCAUACGUCUUAGAAUUAUGCUUAAUCAGUGUGAAACCUAGUUUUCUGUUUUAAAUUUAGUUUCUAAAUAUUUCAUUUUGUUAUAUAUUUACAAAUGUUUCGAAAUGUAAUACUAAUUUUAAAGUCUGUAUAAUCUUUUUAUAUUUUUAUACAGAAGAUAUGUGUUAAAUGUUUACCUGGGGAAAGCUCACGCAUUUUGUUAAUAUAUUUCAUGCAUUUUUAUAAGAUUCAGUCAUUAACAUCAUUAUAUAUUUUUGAAAGAAUAUUGUUAAAAAUAUUUAGCUACUGUAGUAGCUUUUUAUGCAUCACUGUAGGACUAAAUUCAUGUGUUAUUUAUAUAUGCAUACGCACAACUUAAUAUUUGUUCUCUGCAGUAAAUAAAAUGUUGAAUGAAAUGCUUAAUUAUUUUGAAUCAGACAUGAAAACUUUGUUAAUUUUUUUAAAGUGAUGUUCAUUUGUUAAAAAUAAUUGUCUUGAUUGUACAUGUAUUGACUAUAUUUAUGGCAAUUUAUUUAUAUAAAAAUAAAAACAUUUCAUAAUCAUAAAGAAUAUUUCAAUUUAUAAUUUGAAAUUUUUUAUUUAAAAUGUUGAAUUAACUGAAUUUGCAGUUUUUUAAGAGU